CCGUGGGGCUUUCUACUCUCAGGAUCCAAGUCCAGCCCGCAAGUCCCUCCACCCACGACAGACGCGGCCAAGCAGGACUCCACCAAGGGCGCCGCGGGGGCCGGCUCGCUUCUUCGGGACUCCAGCUCUGUUGCUGAGGACACCAGCCCUGGUCCCAUCUACUUCCUGGACCCGAAUGUCACCCGUUUUGGCCGCAUCUGUCCCCCUGCCUACUCCAUACAAGGCAGGGGUAAAUCCCGGGGUCUGGAGGUGACACCAGGUCCUGGAGCCUACAGUCCAGAGAAGGUGGCCCCCGUGCGCCAGAGGACACCCCCAGCCUUCACCCUGGGCUCCCGCCUGCGCCCUCAGCCGCUGGACACCUCGGCGCCCGCCCCCAACACCUACACGCUGCCCUCCCUUUGGGGCGCACACAUCUUCAUCAAGCCCAGAAGCCCCUCCUAUACCGUGGCCGGCCGGCCGCCCCCGCUGCGCCCCGCGCAGGACCCCGCCGAGAUCCCGGGGCCCGGCCAGUACGAGAGCCCGAACCCCGACGCCUACCGCCAGCGCCUGCCCGCCUUCACCAUGCCAGGGCGCGCCCGGGCCCUGCGGCCCCUGAUGGAGACCCCGGGGCCGGGGACCCACAGCCCCGAGCACGUGACAGUCACCAAAGCCCGGGCCCCUGCGUUCACCAUGGGCAUCCGCCACUCCAAACGCGCCUCCACCAUGGGCACCGAUGCCUGCAGCGUGGGCCGACUCUCCACCUUGCGACCCCGGGAAGUGAGGUGCCAAGCUCUGGUGGGCCUGGUCUGACU